GGGCCGUACGGGGCCGUGCCGGGCCGUACGGGGCCGUGCCGGGCGGUACGGGGCCGGGCGGGGCCGGGCGGGUUGGGGCGCGGAUCGCCGCCGCUAUGGAGCGGUUCGUGGAGGGGAACCGGGCGGCUCUGCAGGAGCACGUCCGGCGUCACCGGGAGAUCCACGUGGUGAUGGGCAACGAGGCCUGUGACCUGGACUCCACCGUCUCGGCCCUGGCCCUGGCGUAUUUCCUGGCGAAGACCUCCCCGGCUCCCCAAGCCGCCUUCAUCCCGGUGCUGAACAUCCCUCGCGCCGACUUCGCCCUCCGGUCAGAGACGACGUUCCUGCUGCGGGAGCAGGGCAUCCCCACCGCCCCCCUCAUCUUUCGGGAUGAGAUCGACCUGGGGGGGCUGCACCGCGCCGGGCUGCUCUCCCUGACGCUAGUCGAUCACCACGUCCUGCCUGGCGCUGACGCCGCCCUGGAAGAGGCCGUGGUGGAGGUCCUCGAUCACCGGCCGUUGGAACGGGACCGAGCCCCCGGCUGCCAGGUGACAGCAGAGCCGGUGGGCUCCUGCGCCACGCUGGUGACGGAACGGAUCGCCCAAGGUCCCCCGGGCGUGCUGGACAGACCCACGGCCGCGCUGCUGCACGGCACCAUCUUGCUGGACUGUGUGAACCUGAGCCCGGCCGCCGGCAAGGUGACGCCCCGCGACGUGGCGUGCGUCUCCCUGCUCGAGGCGAGGUUCCCCGAGCUCCCGCCCCGUGACACCGUCUUCGAGGCCCUGCAAGCGGCCAAGUUUGACGUCUCAGGGCUGACGACGGAGCAGAUGCUGCGGAAGGACCUCAAAGUCCUCUUCGGCGAUGAGCUGCUCCUCGCCGUCAGCGCCAUCUACGUGGACCUGGAGACCUUCCUGCGCUGGCCCGGCUUGCUGCAGGACCUGGAUGCUUUCUGCCAGGCUCGGGGCUACGCGGGGCUGGUGGCCAUGACGAUCUCUUUUAAUGAGCGCAACGAGCCCUCCCGGCAGCUCGCGGUCUACAGCCGGCGCGAGACCCUCCGCAGCGCGGUGUGCCGGGCGCUGGAGGAGGCGACGACACCGGCCCUGCAGCUCCAGCCCCUGCCGAGCCCCUGGCCCUGCCUGGGCGCCUACACCCAGGGCGACGUUUCAGCGUCGCGGAAGAAGGUGCUGCCCAUCCUACGGGCAGCCCUGGGGGGGCCGAGCGCUGCCGGGGGGCCGGAGGAGGAGGUGGUCCCGCCACCCACCCCGAUGAACAGCCUGGUGGAGGACUGUCCGCUGGCACAGGCCGUGCCCCCCCUCUGCCCCCAGGAUGUCCUGGAGCGGGUCAGCCGCAUCGCCGCCGGGCAGCCCCCCGCCUCCCCAAAAUAAGAGCGGGCACCCGGCGGCUUUUGGGGGGGGGGGGGGCGUACGAGGAGGUGGGGUCCCCGGGCAGGUCUCGGUGGGGUGCCCGGGCGCGGGGGGGUUGCAUUAGAGCUCGGCUCCCUGGCGGGGAUGGGUCCUCGCUGCGAUUUGCUCCCACCAGCCAGAGGCUCCCCCCGCCCCAAGGGCGCUGCUGGGGUUUGGUCCCCCAGGGUGGGUUUUCGGGGACCCCGUGGGCCAGGGCAGCACUUGCACCCACUUAACGAAGGCGCUGGGGGAGUUAAUGAGUUUUUGCCAUUCUUCCUCCCCUGGGGGGGGUUCGGGGGGGCCACAGAUGGCAGGUCCAGAUGCGCACCAGCCCAGGACUGUCACCCACGUACUCCGAGGAUUAAAUUUCCCUUUUCUUCCACUUUUGGCUCUCAGCUUUUCU